AUAAUGAUAAAUGGAAAUUGGAUCCAGCAUCUCCAUAUUAUGAUUAUAACCUUAUUCAGAGCCGAUUAGGUCACCUUAAACAAAUUAGGGAAAAGAAUGAUAUUUCAACAAUGAUCUAUAUGUUGAGAGCAGGCCUUUUGCGCAACUUUGGAGGUUUGAAUGAUCCUCGGUUGUUCAGUCAAUCAUAUUUAGGAACAAAGAAGUUGAUUGAAGAUUAUACGGAAGAGGUUGCAACUCAACUUGAAAAUAUUAAUCAGUCAGAUUUUUCAGAUGUUUCCCAUACUUCUAAGCCCGAUUUCUUUCAUGAUACUCGUCAAAGUUUUGGUUGUUCUGCUUUAGUCCUUUACGGUGGAGCAGCUUUUGGGCUUUAUCAUCUUGGAGUUGUGAAAGCACUUCAUGAAAAUGGAUUAUUACCAAGGGUCAUAUGUGGUACUGCAGUUGGUGCUUUUAUAGCUGCUCUUGUGUGCGUUCAUACUGAUGAGGAAUUACCAAAAAUCUUUCAACCUGGUGGGAUUGAUUUGGGAGCUUUUAGUAAAGUUGGAAGUAAAGGCAAUAUUCACAGAAAAAUCACGCGACUUCUCAAGCAUGGUUAUUUGUUAGACAUCAAGGUUUUGGAAGACUGU